CUAUACCGCUAAAUUUUAGUUUGUUUAUAAGUGAAGUGUAGUUUGUUGAAACUUUUAGUAUAAGGUUUUAUCCAUAUCAAAUGGUAAUUAAAAUAACAAAAACAUUUCUUGGAAAUGGAAGACAAACAAAUGAAGCUAAGGAACAGCAUUCAAAUCCAAAAUGACAUUCAAACUCAAGAGAAAUUGAAAGAUCAUUUAAAAGAAUAUUGCCGAUAUACUUCCAUUCAUGGAUUAAAAUACCUUGGGGAAACGAAAACUGUUGCCGAAAGAGUUUGGUGGGUAAUAUCGAUAUGCCUGAGUAUUUGCUUUUGCAGUUAUAUGAUCUACCAAAUAAUAUAUAAAUAUAUUCAUUAUCCAGUCAUAGUAACCUUUUCCAUGAAAGAAACACGGUUGCAGAAAAUACCCUUCCCAGCUGUCACCAUAUGUCCGAGAGCCAAAAUCUCACAGGAUUACCUAAAUUUGACAGAUAUUUUCGAAAGAAAAUAUAACGGGUUACCCAUAACAGAGAACGAAAAGAAGGGCAUAAGCAUGGCAUCACAAAUUUGCGAGUUUUAUCCACCAACAGAGAAAUUUAAUGUAUCCAAUGCAGAAUUUUAUGAUUUUUUAUUACAGAGUAGAACAGAACUUUUUACCUACUGUGGCUACCUUGGGUUGGUAGAAUAAUUGUAGCGAGAUAUUUACACCGAUUAUUACUGAGGAAGGCAUUUGUUAUUCAUUUAAUAUUCUCGAUAAACAUGACAUUUUCAAUGAUAACAACGAAGUAGUAUUUGAGGACUUUCAUAAUUCCCCUAUAUCGCAUAACUGGGAUGUUGAAAGUGGAUAUACCAAAAGGGAAGUAACAAUGUAUCCUAGAAGGGCUCUGAGAGUUGGCCUGAAGAAUGCGUUAUAUGUUAUCCUUAAAACAAAAAAAUCAGAUGUAGAGUAUGAGUGCGCUCUAGACGAGUCUGGAUAUCGCGUGAAUAUUGACUUACCAUUAAAUAUACCAGAGAUAGGAGAAAACUUUAUAUCAGUUCCUUUAAAUCAAAGGGUUAUAGCUCAAAUUACGCCACAUAUAAUAAAAACUUCGGAUGGCGUUAAAAACUUUGCUGUUUCAAAGAGAGAUUGUUAUUUUGAAUCAGAGAGAUCUCUUAAGUUCUUUAGAAGGUAUUCACAGGCCAAUUGUUUACUGGAAUGUAAAACUAAUUAUACCUUACGAGAGUGUGGGUGUGUUGGAAUUAAUAUGCCAAAAGAAGCAGGAACACGCUUAUGUUUGGUAGAAAAGCAAGUGUGCAUGGAAACCGCUGAAACGUUGUUUUCGUUAUAUAAUGAGGAUGCUGAAGUUUGGGGCGAUGUGGAUGAUGAUAAUACGAACGUAAACUGUAACUGUAAACCAACCUGUUCUGAUAUCUCAUAUGGGACUGAAUUAUCGUAUAAUAGUCUUAUAUUACAGAUUUUAAACAACACUUUAAGAGAAGAAAUGGAUUUUGAAAAUGUAAAUUAUUCAAUUCUAAUGCUAUAUUUCGAUAAAAGCUAUGUUGAGACGAAAGAAAGAAAUGAGUUAUAUGGAUUUACCGAUUUUGUUUCCAACUUUGGCGGCCUUUUGGGAUUAUUUACUGGAUUUUCUAUAUUGUCGUGUAUAGAAAUAAUUUAUUUCUGUUCAUUGAGACUUUGGCGAAAUGUAUAUCAAUAAUAAUAGAACAAUCAAUAGAAAAUUUUAAAGUACAAAAUUUAGUUAUAUUGAUUUGUAUUAAAGCUAAAUAAUUUUACUA